AUGGCGAACGUUUACUUCUUGACUCUACUCUCCGUUUUGGGGCUCGCUCAGGCGAUUCCUUCAACAUGGACAGCCCAACCCGCCAUCAUAGAAGAUGUGAAGGAAAGUAGCUCCAGGAUCGUGGCAGGGUGGGAGGCAAGUGAUGGCCAGAUCCCGCACCAGGUCAGCGUGCGCAUGGUCAGUGCGGCCGGCCAGGUCUCCUCAUGCGGUGGCUCCAUAAUCCAUCACGAGUGGGUGCUUACUGCCGCCCACUGUCUCGCGAACCGGAUCACGUUCGUGGUGCGUUUGGGCCUGACGAACCUCACCAGGCCGGAGUACAUUGUGGAGUCCACGCGGAAGUAUAUCCAUCCGAAGUAUAACGAAUUAUCCGCCGGAGUCCAGACGGACGACAUCGCCUUGGUGGGGCUCGAGCAAAGCAUACCGUACGGCAGGUACAUCCAGCCGUGCAGACUGCAGAACAGCGAGACGAAGAACACAGACUACACGGGCGUCCGGUUAACGGUCAGCGGCUACGGGAGGACUGACGACCCUUGGAACGGCGGUGCGGCAUCCGAGAAGCUGCUGUGGGUGUUCCUCCUCGGCAUCAGCAACGAGGAGUGCAAGCGCUGGUACCCCGCCAGCACCGUGAUCAGCUAUGAGACGGUGUGCGCCGCGUCCUACAACGACACCGCCCAAUCUUCGUGCCAGGGCGAUAGCGGUGGUCCUCUGACGCUGGUGGACGUGGAUGGUGAGCCCACUAUGAUUGGUGUGGUUAGCUUCGGCUCCUCCGCCGGCUGCAACAGCCCCUUCCCAGCAGGGUACGUGCGCCCAGGCCACUACCACGAGUGGUUCCAAGAGGUGACCGGGAUCAACUUCGACUGGAAGAGCGAGGAUUUGGAGCCCAUCCGGCUGGACUUUCAAAACGCU